AUGGCUUCAAUGCACAAUAGAAGUGGUUCCAUCCCCAGCGCCUGUUUUUGAGUUGCUUUGAGGUCAGCACCACCGCAUGGAGCUGCUUUAAGCACUGAGCAUUAUUCUUUGCUAUGGUUUGGGUGUUGAGCUCUAUUGACAGGAGAAACAGAGCAGGGCCCCUAAUCUUGGGGUGCAUCACAGCAGCAUCACCCCAGGGCUCCUGUGGUCAUUAAUCCAGUGGUGAUUGAUGCUCUGUGGAUGGGUUCAUUGAUGGUAACCGAUAGCAGUGGUGUGACUGGGGUCAAACCGGGGCAGGUUCUGUGUCAGGCUGUUCCCACCAGGCAAAAAGCCCAGUAUUGCAAACCCCAAUGCCCAACGUCAUUCCAGAGAGCCUGUGACCUCCUCAAGCCCUAUCCAUGGCACACGUGGGACACAGAAUGGAGUGUCUGGAAUGCCCAGCCCUGUGGCAUCGCUCCCUGCGACACCAGGGUCCCCUCUGAUGCUCUGUGAUGGGCUCGUUGGGACUCACCAGACGUGUUUGUCUCCCCCAGUGUUCAAAGAACCAUAGGAAGAGUUUCCCGAGGCUGCAGGGGAACUGGUUUCCCUGAAUCCUGGCUCUGAUGUGAGGAAUGAGCUCCAGCCGCACAGAACCAGCCCCUUCCUCCCUGCUGUGGGGACCAGCUCCCUCCCUCCCACCUCUGAGGCCUCCUCAGCAUCUUCCUCCUUGUGCCAUGGCAGCUUUGCCAAGGCGCCGCUGAGGCAGGAGGUGAUUGCCUCCUUCGCAGGACCCCACCUUUCCCCUUAAAAGCCGUUUAAUUGAGGGCUAAGAACAAGCAAAGAGAGAGAAUCCCCACCGGGCAUCUCCGAAAGCGCUGCAGAUAUCAUCAGGGUGCCCUACAUAGAGCCUGGGCUUGGCUGCGACAUCAGACGGGGCAGCAGAACCUGCCAUUGUUUGAAAGGAACAGGAGAGGGAAGGAACAACUCCGUAAUUACUCAGCAGCCGGGUUAAUGGGUGGUAAUUACACCGCGGCAGGAGGAAGCUGUGCCGGGCUGAGCCCUGCAGAGUCAUGGGGAGAGCCGUGGCCCCGCAGCCCGGCUCGCAGGCAGGGAGGGUGGCAGCCCCGCUCCCAGCGGGUUAACUCCAUGCGUUUGCUUGGGAAUCCUUCUGCCUCCCUCCUUGGUUAUCCACAGCGAACAGAGGCCGGUGGAAGCUCCGAGCUCUGAGCGAGCUCCUGGGGGGACCCGGAGCGCUCGGGCACGUCCCAAGCCGGGUGCUGGCCCCGUUCCGUGCCUGAGCUCCCCCCAUUGCUGGCCCCAUGGGGGAUGACAUCGAGUGGCUGGACCUGCCGGGCAGGUGGACCUACGGCGUCUGCGGGGAUGGACGUGUCUUCUUCAUCAAUGAUGAGACCAAGUCCACGAGCUGGGUGCACCCCAGCACAGGCUACUCCAUCCAGAGCGGGCACUUCUCCUGUGCUGGGCUGCCCCGAGGCUGGGAGGUGGACACCACAGUGCACGGGGGCUUCUACUUCAUCAACCACAAUGAAAGGCGGAACACGUUCCUGCACCCAGUGACGGGACAGGCCCCCGAGGACACCUCAAGGCUUGACCCACAAAACCCCACCUCGGACAUGUCCGGCAAAGCAGGGAGCAAGCGAGCGGCGCCCGUCACCAGCGAGCCCCCAAACCACACCAUGGUGGCCGAGGGGCCCCCGGAGCGCCCCAUAGGCCGGGUGGGUGCCCGGGGCCGUGCAGCACGUCCGGGAGCAACGGAGACGGGGAGCAGGGCCCCCCCCUCGGCACUGAGCAGCUCCUCUGCCCCUCUGCAGGCAUCGCGCUCCUCCCGCAAGGGCAUCGCCUUCGGGAAGCGCUCCAAUUCAAUGAAGAGGAACCCCAAUGCUGCUGUCACCAAGAGCGGGUGGCUCUACAAGCAGGCCAGCUCGGGUGUGAAGCAGUGGAACAAGCGCUGGUUCGUGCUGGUGGAUCGCUGCCUCUUCUACUAUAAAGACGAGAAGGAGGAGAGCAUCCUGGGCAGCAUCCCCCUCCUCAGCUUCCGCGUGGCAGCCGUGCAGCCCUCAGACAACAUCAGCAGGAAGCACACGUUCAAGGCCGAGCACGCUGGCAUCCGGACAUACUUCUUCAGCGCCGAGAACACGGAGGAGCAGGAAUCCUGGAUCCAAGCCAUGGGCGAAGCCGCCCGGGUGCAGAUCCCCCCGACACAGAGACACGAGAAGCCAGACUCUGAGAACAUCCCCCCCAGCAAACACCACCACCACCAUCACCACCACAACACCUCCCACCGCGAGCACCCCAAAGCCGACCCCGACACCAAGACCCGGGGCGAAGGCGACGGCCGCGGCUCGGAGAAGAUGGAGAAGAAGCCGGAAAGGAUGGAGAGCAAGAAGGAGCCCUUGGCCAAAGCCAACGGCAUCGCGGGGCCGGAGAUGCCCUCGGAGCCAGGCAGCCCUUACCCCGAAGGGCCGCGGGUGCCGGCGGAGCGGCCGCCGCAGCCCAAUGGCUGGUUGUACCCGUCCCCCAGCCGCCCUGGCAGCACUGCCUUCCCCCCCGGUGAUGGGGACAGCUCUGCCCCACGCCGCAGCAUCGCUCCCCGCACCAACCAUGAGAAGCUGGCACAGCGCAAGAGCUCCAUGACGCAGCUGCAGCAAUGGGUGAACUCACGCCGUGGGGCUGUGCCCCCCGAGGAGCUGAGGAGCCCCACCAGGUUUUACCCCAUGUCUCGCCGGGUACCCGACUACUAUUCCCCCUACUCACCCCAGUACCCUGAGGACUACCAGUACUAUCCCCCCGGCGUGCGCCCCGACAGCAUCUGCUCCAUGCCAGCCUAUGAGCGAGUGAGCCCACCCUGGGCACUGGAGGACAAGCGCCAUUCCUUCCGCAACGGGGGCACCUACCAGCUCCGUGACUGGAAGGAGCAUCCCGGCUUCGGGCGCCAGGAUGUCCCUCUGUGGCUGCCGGCACCCGGGAGGCAGCCGACCUACCUGGAUGAGGUGGAUGCAGCCUCGGGCUCACUGCGGCGCAUGUCCCUGCAGCCCCGGUCCCACUCCGUGCCCCGCUCCCCCAGCCAGGGCUCCUAUGCCCGGGCACGGGUUUACUCCCCGGUGCGCUCGCCCAGUGCCCGCUUUGAGCGGCUGCCGCCCCGGGGAGAGGAGGUUUAUGCUGACCCCACCACCUUCAUGAUGAGGAGAUCCAUCAGUUCUCCAAAGUAUGACUAUCUGGGGGACAGGCGGCCGGUUCCUGUGGGAAUGUACCCGUACCACUACCCAGCAUCACCCACCAUCCACGACAAGAUGGUGACCCCUUUCCCGGAGGCCUACAGGGAGACAGUGCACACCUACAAGAUCAGCGAGCAAGACACCGAUAAGCUGCUGGGGAAGCUCUGUGAGCAGAACAAGGUGCUGCGGGAGCAGGAGAGGCUGGUGCAGCAGCUCCGAGCAGAGAAGGAGAGCCUGGAGAGUGCCCUGAUGGGGACGCACCAGGAGCUGGAGAUGUUCGGUAGCCAACCUGCCUACCCGGAGAAGCUGCUCCACAAGAAGGAAUCACUCCAGAACCAGCUCAUCAAUAUCCGUGUGGAGCUGUCUCAGGCCAGCACGGCCCUGGCAAACAGCACUGCUGAGUAUGAGAGCCUGGAGAGCGAGGUGUCCACCCUGCACGAUGACCUCUGGGAGCAGCUCAACCUGGACAUCCAAAACGAGAUGCUGAACCGGCAGAUCCAGAAGGAGAUCUGGCGGAUCCAGGAUGUGAUGGAGGGGCUGAGGAAGAACAACCCAUCCCGUGGCACGGACACGGCCAAGCACAGAGUGGCCAUGGGCCCCUCAGGAACGUUCAGCUCCAACAGCCCUGCCAGCCCCCUGAGCUCCGCCAGCCUCACCAGCCCCCUCAGCCCCUUCUCCCUUGUCUCUGGCUCCCAGGGAUCACCCACCAAGCCAGGACCGGGUGAGGAACCAGGCCCGCCUCGACCUCCCCUCCCCAAGUCCUACGUGCCCCUGGAGUCUCCUCCGAGCAUCCCUCCGCUCCCCAGCGAGAGCCGGCUCUGGCCCUAUCCCACCUCCCCGUCCUGGCAGCAAGGCGGCGAGGCCAAGAGGGGACAGCCCAAGCCAAGCUUCGAGCAGAGCAAGAAGGAUGCUCAGCGACCAGCACCCCCCGGUCCCCAGGCCGAGGGGCUGCGGCAGGAGCAGGAAGCAGCUCUCAACAAGGUGGGCAUCGUGCCCCCCAGGACCAAGUCUCCAGCAGAGGAGGAGGUGGUGCCAGCGGCUGGAGUGCCACGGAGGAGCAGUGGUGCCAUGGCCAAUGGGCUCGGCUCCAAGGAGAGACCCAAGAGCGCUGUGUUCGCCAACGAGACGAAGGUGAAGAUGAGUGUGGAGGAGCAGAUCGACCGCAUGAAGCGGCACCAGAGCGGCUCCAUGAAGGAGAAGCGCCGCAGCCUGCAGCUCCCGGGCACCCAGCAGCCCGAGCCCCCCAGCACGAAGGCACCCGCUUCAUAUAAAGUGGUGCGCCGGCACCGCAGCAUCCAUGAGGUGGACAUCUCUGACCUGGAGGCAGCGCUGCGGGCUGAUGACCCCAGUAAGGUCUAUGAGACACCCCAGGAGGAGAUUGCCCGUCUGCGCAAGAUGGAGCUGGAGCCACAGCACUAUGAUGUGGACAUCAACAAGGAGCUCUCCACACCGGACAAAGUGCUCAUCCCUGAGCGGUACGUGGAGCUGGAGCCAGACAUGCCCCUCAGCCCCGAGGAGAUGAAGGAGAAGCAGAAGAAGGUGGAAAGGAUCAAAACCCUCAUUGCCAAAUCCAGCCUGCAGAACGUCGUCCCCCUGGGCGAGGGGGAGCAGGACACUCCCCAGGACCCCGAGACCCAACUGCAGGAGCAGGAGAAGAGGAUCGAGAUCUCCUGUGCCCUGGCUGCCGAGGCCUCGCGCCGGGGACGCAUGCUCUCGGCUCAAUGCACCACCCCCAGCCCCCCAACCUCCCCAGCCUCCCCGGCUCCACCGACCAACCCCCUCUCGUCCGAACCCCACGGCGCCGACAACAGCCAUUCUAUGCGUAUCUGAGCCAUGAACUCAAGCCCUGGCUGCUGCCGGCACCAUCAAGUUCCAUGGGGCCACAUUUUAGCCCCCGACACGACACCAAAUCUCUCGCCAUCGUCUUCAAUUCUCCUGGACCCCCCUUUCCCUCCCAUGGAUGGCGAGUGGGAAGAUGCAUCACCGACAGCACCGGCUGCUCUGCCCUGUCCUGGAGGAGACGUGUGGGGUUUUGGGGGUGUCCACUGCAGAGUGUGGUCCCCAAUGAGCCCCUGCGCUGCCAUCCACGGUGUCCUGGGUGUCAGGCUUGUGUGGAUGCCCAAGCAGGAGCAUCUGCUGUGCCGCUGAGCAUGGGACUCCCCAUGCUGAUGUGUUGGUCUCCCAAAGGUCUAUGGAAGGGUUCUCCUGCAUGGAGACCGGCCAGCGCCCACCAUGGAUGGUGCUUCCACCAUACACUGGACAUGGAUGCUCCGUCUCUGCUCCUUGGGCACAUCUUCCCAUCCCUGUGCUCUGAACUUGCUUUUAGCAUCCAUCCAGCUGGGAGACAGACUCAUGCUGGCUCCGCAGGAGGAUUAAGGAGCUGUAUCAGGAACAGGAUGGAUGGAGGUGGGACUGGGAAUGACACGGAGGUGCCUGGGGGAGCACUGUGCUUGGGCUCAGGGGGUAAGGGGCUGCCUGGGGCACUGGUGCACCGCUGGCACGGAGCAGAAGGUCUGGGCAGGGAUGGGGAUGUUGCAUGGGAAUGGGAGGUGUGAGAUGGGACAGGGAUGCCACAGGCUCAGCAGGGAUCCCUCUGUGGUGGAUGGGAUGGUGCGGGAAGGAGAAGGGGCUUGGGGCCAGGCAGUUUCUCUGUUGCAACCCUAUUUGGCACCAGGUCCUAUCCCAAGACCUGGCCAUUGCGCUCCAGAGCCUUCAACUUGUCUGGGUUCCCUGUAGCAAGUUUCCCCUUUUCUUUAGCUUUCUGGAGGGAGGGAGGGAACAAAGGCUGGUUCUGCCUGGAAAAGGGGAAUUCCACACCCGGUCGUGUGUAUGGCAGGGCUGGCACAGGCAAGGCGGAUGGUGUGAGGAGCUGGAAACCCUCCAUCCUGCAGCUCUUUCCUUUCUGGCCUGAUUCUGACCCCAUCCCCCUGCAUCCCCAUCACCCCCAUCUUAGCAAUACCGGUAGGAUCCCAGGAGCCCCAAAUCCCGCUCCGCUCCCGAGCUUCCCGCAGCCCUCUUAGCUCAUAAAGCUGGCCCUUUAUUUUGCUAUUACAUGCCUUAAUAUAUGUUUUAUGGAAAUUAUACAUUUAUAAUAUAUAUCUAUAUUUGGGUUUCUCUUCUGUUCGGGAGGUACUGUGCUGUGCUGAGCUCUGUCUCUGCAGGGUGGUUGGCACCAGCCCUGCCCAUGAGUUCCAAAAGCAGAUUCUUUGCCAAUUUAUCAGAGAUGGGGGGGAAACAAACAAAAAAAAGUAUUUAAAAAUAUCUAUUUUUUUCUGCUUUUAUUAAAAGCAAAUUUAUUUAAAAAUAAAGUAUAAAGAGACUGUAAGUUUGAAGAGAUGAUGCAUUUAUUGCCCUGGUCAGGGUGGGCUCCCCAGCUUGUGUAACCAGGGCAGACCCCCUUACACAGGCUGUGGGGACACCACUGGGGACCACGCAUGGUGCAUGGCUGCAUCCCAGCUCCAUCAGGGAGCUGAGAGGGCUCGCAGCCCCAUAGGCAUCAAUUCCCACCUCCGAGGACCGGAGAGGAUGAGGAUGCAUCCGAGCCUUCCCCAAGGCCCUGCCCUGGUGUGGAACCCCCGUGGUUGUCAUUUGGGGUUUGUUUUGUUGUUUUGUUUGUCAGAAAACUCGAUUCUUAGUUUUAUUUUGGUUAUUAUUUUUCAUAACACUUCAUAUACCAGUGACUUGUAACCGAGAAAGGAUUUGCAUCGGGAGGAAAUCUAUUUAUGCACUGGGGA